AUGGCAUUCCUAGAGUUUCAUUCGGCCGCUAUUGUCCCAAAUUCUUCGCCCGUUACUUCAUCUACCAUUAAUACUUCGGAAUAUGGAAAGUGGGAGGCCCCACCUAGGGGUUUUGUGAAGGCAAACUAUGAUGCUGCCCAUCCACAGGGAGGGAUUUCUGGUGGACUGGGUAUUAUCUAUAGGAAACAUGAUGGGCAUCUCCAUAAAGCACUCUCCAUCCCUCAACCCUUUGCUUCUGCGAUUCAAGGAGAAGCUCUAGCUAUUAGAACGACGCUUUCGCAGGCUCUCGGUUAUGGCUACACCCAUCUUCUAAUUGAAUUAGAUUGCAAGGAGAUCAUCGACUAUAUUCAAGAUCCACGCAGUUUUCCUCCAGGCGAGGUUGCAGUAGUUAUUGAGGAUGUGCACAAGUUAUGUUCUUCUUUUGCUUCUAUAUUUUUUCACUUUAUUCCACGGGCUAUAAACUCUAUUGCAGACGCCCUGCCAAGGAAGGCCUUGUCCAUCAUGUGUAGGACAAACUGGCCGAUUACCACUCCAUGGCUUCAGGACCUUUGUGUAGAUGAGGCUAUUGGCUGUACACAUGGUUAUUUCCAUCAGUAA